AUGACGAUCAAGGUAGCCGUUCGAGUUAGUGUAUUUGAUACUCAAUCUUUUCUUUCGUGUUUAUCGUUACUCAUCGGUUUGAUCCGGAAGGUUGCCGAUUUUGGGCUAUCCAAGGAGGAGGUAUUCGAUGGGCGAAAGUCAGGACUUAAGGGUACAUAUGGCUAUAUGGACCCCGACUAUAUGUCAACAAACAAGUUCACCAAGAAGAGCGACGUAUACAGCUUUGGCAUCAUAUUAUUUGAGCUCAUAACAACCAUAAAUCCGCAGCAAGGCCUGAUGGAGUACAUCAAUCUUGCAGCAACCAGUGGGGAUGGAAAGGCCAACUGGGAUGAGAUAAUUGACACGAAUCUUAUCGGUGAAAGUAAUCCCGAAGAGGUGGGGCAUCUUGCCAACAUUGCGCACAGGUGCUUGCACAAGAUCCCGAAAAGGCGCCCCUCCAUAUCCGACGUGACUCAGGCUAUCUCAAGAAUACGGCAGCGGCGCCUCAUGAAAGAAGACACACUGCCCUCUUCAAGAAUCGAGACAUCGGGAGUUCUGAGGAGGAUAGAGCUUCAGCAACUGGAGCUCAACAACAUUACCAGCAUGAGAGGGUAUGCGUCCCAGAAAGUAUGACCGCGGUAUCCGUAUUCUCUUCUUUCUGGUUAUGGGUCUUUGAUAGCUCAAAAUGAUAGUAGUACUCGGUUCGAUGCACUCGUAUCUUGAUCUUCAAUAUUUUGAUCUUCACUAAGUUUAUUCUGAUACCUGUCCUCCAAUGCAUAAUUCUCCAUAACACGAAAAUUAUCGUCACGCUGUAAUUAACACAGAUUGGUUGAUGAUGAAGAAUUGACUAGAUUCAUGAUAUUGUGACUUUGUGUAAGAUGAUGUUAAAGAAUGCGACAUUUUGUGCAUUGGUCGGUUUAUCAA